AUGACACAGCAUAGCUUGGGCUACUACGAUAUAAUAUCAGGGCUUUCCGCCCUUGAGUGCUCUCACAGGACUUGUUUGUCGCCAGAACAAUUACAAGCAUUCUGUAGAAUUGAUCAACAGGCGAAAAAAACCAGAGACCAAACUAUUGAUGAACAAGAUGAAAGUCAUCGUAGAGAAAGAAGACGAAUUCCUGUGCAUGGAUAUUUAAGCAAGGCAGACGCUGGUCUCAAGCUGGAGAAUGGCAAUGAUCUGCAGCAUACGCUGCUGGGUGGCCAUGUACCGCGUUCACAGUUAGAGGCCCUUUCAAGUACCGAUUUUGCAAGGUAUUUUCAGAAACUGAUAGAUUUUGAAAAGACAACGGAGGCCUUUAAUGUUUUUGUUAAUUCGACAGCAACAAGGGCAGCAAAUGUUGCAGCAACACCUACCCCACCAUCUAGCGCUCUGCCCUCUGGACAGGCCGGUGCUUUGGCAGGAAAUGAUGACGCCGGGCUUGCAGCAAAGCCCAAGCUUACAACGAGCGGUAAUGACAGCGUGAAGAAGGUUAUUCUUUGUAAAAAAUGCAAGGCUAGAUUCAGUGGGCCUCGAAGAUUCACGAAUAUGAAUAAGCACAUGUGCAUGAGAAGCUAG